AGUAAAAUAAUUCCCGGGAGCAGCCAGAGCAAAGCGUUGGUUUGGUCGUCCAUAUGGCAAUGGCAGCGCGUUUUUUUUGAUCUCUGUUCUUUUUCCUUUUCAACCAAAACUCGCUUCCUCUUCUUCACCAAAAGACUCUUUCACUGGUCCCCUCUGGCCCUCUCUUCACUUCUUCUUUCUCGCUCCUCAAAACCAAACACACCAAAUACAAAAUUUCCCUCCAACUUUCUCUUUCUGUUACACUUUUACAUGGAUCAAACUUUAAUUCUCAAUGCAUCAUAUUUUCUACCAUAACAACCUAACCAACAUCAUGGAUUCAAAGAAGCUUCGAAGAAAACCUAAACUCGAGCGUCGUAAUGCCCAAAAGUACACCGAUUACGACGCUGGAUCAUCUUCAUCUUCAUUCGAUGAUUCAUCCGGUUCACUUUACACUCGUUCUAUGGAGUUAUACGACCGAACUAGCUUCCGUAUUGAAGGAGUAGAAGGUGAGUUUGAUCGAAUUUGUAGGAGUUUAGGACUUUCUGGACCCGAGGAUUUUGCUAUUCCUGCUGCUGCUUGGGAAGCCAUGAAGAUUCGAUCCAAUUCGGAUGGUCUUCCCAGUUUGAAGCUUGAUGAGCUUGAUUUGAAGGAGAAGAAGGUGAAUGAUAUGAGAGAAUUAGAAAAUAAAGGUGAAUUGAACAAGAAAUGUGAAGAUAGGGAUAUGAUUAGGGUUAGGGUUAGAGAUGAGGUUGAUGACAGUGUUGUUGUUGUUAGUAGUAGUGGUGGUAUUAAUGGAAUUCGUCCACCGAUGAUUAAGCCGCCACCUGGGAUGAGAGUUCCGGUUGUUGUUGAUAACACGUGUUCCACUUGGGAUCUUUUGAAGGAUUUGGCUCCGGUUGGGGAAGGGGAAGAAGAGGGUUUUGACCGGGAAGUGGAGGAGAAUGAAGGUGAGGAAGUUGGUAGAGAAGAGGGGGUGGUGGAUAAUGAGGCAAGGAUUGAUGCGAUUGUUGCUGGUCUUAUGGAAUCAAGUUUGUUUAGUACUUCAAAUGAAGAUGAUUCUUCUAGUACUGCUACAGAACCUAGAUCGAACAAUGUAUCUCCAAACGGGAGAAUUAAUCGUUUCAUUACGCCUGGAAGCUGGCAAAAGGGUGGCUUUUUGGGGGGUGGUUCAUUUGGAUCUGUCUAUGAAGGAAUUUCUGAUGAUGGAUUCUUUUUUGCUGUAAAAGAAGUUUCCUUGCUUGAUCAAGGGGAACAGGGAAAACAAAGUGUCUAUCAACUGGAGCAGGAAAUUGCACUUUUGAGUCGUUUUGAACAUGAUAAUAUAGUUCAAUACUAUGGCACUGAAAUGGAUGAAUCUAAGCUUCAUAUCUUUAUUGAGCUUGUAACCAAAGGUUCUCUUAGAAGCCUCUAUCAGAGGUACACUCUUCGAGAUUCCCAAGUAGCUGCCUAUACAAGACAGAUUCUGCAUGGUUUGAAGUACCUUCAUGAUCAAAACGUGGUUCACAGGGAUAUCAAAUGUGCAAAUAUAUUGGUGCAUGCAAGUGGAUCUGUCAAACUUGCAGAUUUUGGGUUAGCAAAGGCAACCAAAUUGAACGAUGUUAAAUCAUGCAAGGGAACAGCAUUCUGGAUGGCCCCUGAGGUUGUGAGAGGAAAGAACAAAGGUUACGGGCUUCCAGCCGAUAUUUGGAGUCUGGGAUGCACUGUUCUGGAGAUGCUAACGGGCCAAAUUCCGUACUCCAAUUUGGAACCCAUGCAGGCAUUAUUUAGAAUAGGAAAAGGUGAGCCACCUCUUAUUCCUGAUAGUCUUUCAAGAGAUGCAAAAGAUUUUAUCAUGCAGUGCCUUCAAGUUAAUCCUGAUGAUCGUUUUACUGCUGCUCAACUCUUAAACCAUCCAUUUCUCCAAAGGCCACUUUCCCAGUCUUCAUCUCCUUACAUUCAUGGCAGAAGGGGUUAAACUUUGUCAUCUUCAACUAUGAAACAUAAUGAAGCAAUUGUUGCUUUGCUCAUGUUGUGCCAUUCAGAGUUUGCUUGUUUUUAACUCAAGUAGAUUUUAAGCACUGCUUUGGAUCGAUUGAUAUGGAGCUCCACAGAUGAUGAUUUGUCCUCUGAAGCAAAGACAAUGUCAAGUUGAAAAGUUACCCCCGCCUUCCAGUCAAAUGAGCCAACUGAUGAAAAAAAUGCAGAGCUUAGAUGUUGGAACUACAGUGGCAAGGAUCAGAUAACCAUUCUUACUGUACAUAUUAUUUAUUAGCAUGUCAUUUUUGUGUUUAUUUUUAUUUUCAAAGUUGUGUUUUUCAUAUUUUUUGUUUUUUGAAUCCAUGUUAAUGUUUUUCUCUGAAAAUUUGGUUGAAUAUAAUGAAAUGUUCAAUUCAUAUAA